CCUGACUGGUCGAAAUGUUUGUGUGUGCCGUUCGGUUUGGCUGAAUGCCCGUGUUUCUUUCUGUCUGCACAACGAUGUGGAACAGUCAGCGAAUGAGGAAGUCACCACAGUCUCAUACACACCCAGAGAGCCGGCAACCGUCGGUGCACAUAGCAGACCGCCGCCCACAUGGAGGCACCCGUGCCCCAUACCCCCAUACCCCUCCUUCCCCAUAUCGACAGACAGCUACUGAACAUCUACUCAUUGUUGAGCCAUGUUGCCCCACAUCUGUGGUAUGGGUUCACAGCCCAACGUCUGUGGUAGGGGUUAUAAUCUGUGGUUCCCUUGACUGCCUGGGCGAUACACUGGACCACCCGCAUGGUGAUGUCGAUGGGCAGCCUCUUGAGCAGCGGCGACCAGGUCUCCCAAUUGCCCUCCACCACCUCCCUCGCCACCGACUCCACCAUCUUCUGCUUGGGGAAGUCCUGGCUCUCCAGCACUCCCGGAUUGAGGUCCAGGAUGAACACGGCCAUGGCAAUGGUCCACUCCCCGGCGCACGAGUAGAGCGCCUCCAGGAUGGCCGCCACGUGCGCCUCCAUCUGGAAGUACUGACACAUGGCCAGCAGGGACAGCAGGCCGCUGUAGACCGUGGUGCCGGCCGCCUUGUGCUUCUUCUGCGGAGGGCCCUCCGAUGCCGCGGCCGCUCCCUGCGCGGCACCCCCUGACUGUGUGUCGUCGCUGGGCACGUGGAGGGCAUACGGUAGGCGCUGACACCACCACACACAGACGGGAGGGGAGAGGGGGGUGCUGCACGUGUAAUCGAUCACUCUGAUCUGCAUCUACAUGCCAUCAUGCCAGCUACUUGCGCCUUGAGCACCUGACGUGAAUGAAUGGAAAAAGCAAACGACGCACGUGUGCAUCAGCGAGAAUAGACGACAGCAGCUGGCGCCUGCUGCUUGCUUCUCACCUCUGGAUUCCCCACUUCUCCCGAUUCGAGCAGCCAGCCCAUGUGUCUGAAGGUCUCGGGCUGGAUGGCGGGCACCUCGACGGACUGUGUGGAGCUCUCGGCAAAUCCAUGGCCGUCCAGCGCGGCAGCGAAGUAAGGCGAAUACUUGACCAGAAGAUCCUGCACACGUACACCAACCAAAGGCACGCACAUCACUGACAGAUGCACUGCGCCCCUCCCUGUGCCGUCCAUCCCCCUUUCCUCCCUCCUCACCUUUUUCUGAUCAAAGGUCUUCUUGACAUCGCCCGACCCGACGACUAUCUUCACCAGCGACGCCUCACCCAUCAUGGGCAACGCUCACCAAGAGGCGCUCUCCACCGCUAUUUCUCAAUCGAACUCUCUACUUUCUCAUCUGCUGCAGUCCUGCAGCGCUACAGAAGGGCCCUCAUGGGCUGGAAAGGGC